AUGGUUCUAUGUGCCUCUAAUGCUGACAAUACAAGUGUUGAAAUUUUAAGGCCUCAUGCAGAUUCUUAAAUUGGUGAAAGAGUAUUUUUAGAAGGCCAUGAAAAUUUAUUUGUUUAAGAUUUAUAACCUGUUUUAAAUCCUAAAAAGAAAAUAUUAGAAACAUGUUCACUUGAUUUAAAAACUGAUGCGGAAUCAAAUGCAACUUUUUAGGGAUAUAAAUGGUUAACUAAGGCAGGAUGUAUUAAGGCUUAGUUAUUAUCUAAUGCUUAGAUUUCUUGA